UUUAAUAUUGUUGUUUAUUAUUGUCAGUUAAACAUUUGAACGUCAUGAAAAUAUUCGAACCUGGAUUUCGCUUUUUCUCACAUUAACAACCAAUUUACAAUUAUUAUCCGAACGUCGACAACUUACAUAAUCUGAAAAUAGUUUUACUUGUGAUGGCAGUUUUUACAGAACUUUUAAAAUCCCUGCACUAUCUUGCCCAACCUGAACGCAGCCGGCUGAUUGUCGCCGGCAUAUUCCUAUCCGACGGUCAGGCGGCCCUAGUUGACCGGAAAAACUCGGUCCUCAUCGUCACUGACAUUGACCAAGAGACGUACGAAGAGGUGAACCUGCUGACGAUUCUUCCGGAAGAGUAUCAGUGUGUUACAGAUACGGUAGCUUCCGGCUAUGACGUCAAGUCGUUCGCAAAGAAAGGCGCCAGAAAUGCAUUACAUGUCGAUUCCGCUCUUCCGCAGCCUUCCGACGUGAAUCGGUGUCCCGGAAGUGACAACAUGCUCGUUGUGACCUUCACCUGCCCCGACCAUUCGAUCGCUGUUAAAUGUGAGCUGCAUUUGAAGAAAGGAGCGUCGCUCGCAAGCCGCCUAUCGAGGGUAUUACACGUCCGUAUCAGAGACCGAACACGGACUGUUGUAUCGCUUUCAGACGGCGUCUUCAUUGCGUCUACGCCAGAUAACGUCGUCGUUCUAUCUGAAAUCGGGGAUAAUCUUGGCAUGCAUAGACGGGGAAAGAGGGAUCGAGGCGGACUGCUCAUGACAGACGGUCAUGACAAGGUGUAUUUCGGUGACGGUGACUUCUUUGUCGGUUGCAGAUGGUCCGGGAACUUCUUGCAAGAAAUGUUUCGGUUUCAGCACAAACGAAUGAAGUUUCCCAGAGGGUCGGCUAUAGACGGAAGUGGCUGCAUACUGGUCUGUUGCGAUGCAUCGCACAGCAUUUUCCGCCUGAACGCCGAUGGAUCACGUGGUGAAGUCAUUUACUUCGAUCGGAGCAAGCGUGUCCUGGUAGUGUCAAAGUCUGGCGAUCUUUCCCUUAAAGACAUAUUGUCGUAUGAACUAAGUCUCCAUCCUCCUGUCCUCUUUGAAGCCAAAAACAUACUUCGUAAAGCAGACAAGCCUCAGAUAAUUCAGUCAAUGAGAGAUCCAGUUAUAAACGUAUCAAAGUCACGGGACCAUCUUCUUGUUGAAAAGUGCAUACACAGCCAGCUUGCAACCGAAAUGACCCAGGAAGAUCCAGAAAUUCAGAUACUGCUGGAUCAUGCCAAGGAUUUGUACUGUUCCCUUCUUAUGGACAAAACGACUCAAGCAGAUGCUACAUACGAGAGGCGCCCACAUUAUAUUUGA